UCAAAUAUUAAGUGGGUUUUUUUUCUUAUAGACAGACGCUUAAGAGAUCGCUCUAUUCUAAUCCCAAUGAUCCCCAGAAAAGGUAAGUUUCACGAUCGCCAGUCCAGAAUUUUGUCACAAAAAAGCCAUAAAAUGGAACAAAAUGGUGGUCGCUUGAAGAAAUCAGAUCCUUCCACGCCCGUACCUAGUUUCCAGACGAUCUACAAUGACCUGGUCUUCACCUAUGCAAGCCCGCGGGGUGAUCAUGCUGCCAUGGACUUUAUGGGAUCGACGGUUCGGUCGGCGAUGGGGAGAUCGGAGCAGGAGGACUAUGGAUACCGAGUCGUUUUGAUUUGUCAGCAGAAUUCCGAGGCGUGGCCCCUCAAAACGGAGCUGGAGAAGCGUAAUGUGAGCUGUCUGCAGAUCAGUGAGGAUCAGUUGGAGAUGCAGUUGCUGUUGUGGUCGGAAGGAUACAUCCAACAACCCCUCAUAAUCUGCGACAAUAUGCUUUCGCGCCUUCAGAAUUUUCAAAUAAAUUUGGUGAUAAACGUCUCCCUGCCGCCCCUAAAAGUCUUCAAUGAACGAAUUCGGAUUCUCAGGAAGAUUAAAACCAAAAUGGACAUUAUAAUCCUAACACCGAGAGAUGGAAAGUUAAGUUUUGGGAAAAAAUCGGAGAACCGGCAGCAGGUCGAUAACGGUUGCUGGAGAACCCGAACUGGGAAUGGGAACCCUGGACUAACAGGAGGGCAAACUGUAACAGGAUCCAUUGCAGAGGACAGGUCACAUGAGACUCUUUCCACAGACGGGAAGUCAAAGGGAAGUGGAACUUUCUUUUCACCCCAAACCUCGACCGAGACACAUCGUGAGACCAGGAGAGACCAUCAAAAUAAUAAAGACAGAAAGCUCCAACACCAAUUAAAGCUGAAGAAAAUGAAUUCGAACAGUGAGGAAGUGAACGUUCUGGAAGAUGGUGCCAACGGCAUGGAAGACUUGAAUCGAAAUGGCAAUGAAGCUUCGGAUGGUGGAAGGAAACCCGAAUUUAAAUUAAAUAUCAAGAAGGAAAUAGAUUAUAUUAAUCAGUUUGUUCGCGAGGAACUGAAGGAAGUGGUCUUCAAGAGGUUAUUCGAUUGCUUCAGUAGCUCGGAGCCAUUCGUUCUGGAGCAGGAGAUUCUGAACGCACUGGAGGCCAGAAGGGCCGAGGCUGAGGAGAAGAAGCGGACACUCGAGAAGAAUCCCUACGCCGACUCGGAGAAGAUGAAAAUGGUGGCCCAGGUGGCAGGCAUGGACUGGUCCAAGGCCAUCAACUCGUACGACUAUGAAGUGGAGGGCAAAGAAAUAGAGGAUCCUCGUGAUUUCCUGAUUGAUUCGCCGCCAGUUUAUGAAGAUGAGAUCGAGGUGAGGGACUUAGGAGAGUUUAUGUCCUUUGGAGAGGAGAAGAAGCCAUCCACCGACUCGGAGAAGAUGAAUAUGGUGGGCGAGGAUUCGGGAUCAGGCCAGGAUUGGGCCAUUGAAGAAGAGGUCAAGGACCCAAAGGCCAAUCGUCGUUACUGGAUUGAUUCGCCAGAUCCGGAGAACCAGGUCAAGUCCAAGGAGAACCAGGAACCAUGCGACCAGUGGGACGAUAAGGACCAAUCCAAGGACAGAGAGACCAAUGGGAGUCCCUUGACUGCUCCACCAGCUUCUGAAAAUCAGCCCGAGGAACUGUCGCUGGACGCGAAUCUCCUAAUGGCCAGCGAGAAGAAGAAGGCCCUCCAGAAGACGCCGGAAGUGUGCCAGAAGCCGGGCAACGACUGGACCAACACCAUGAAUCUCUACGACGACGAGGACCAGGCCAGGGAUAGGGAGAGCCGUAAUCGUUACCUGAUCGAUCCACCAGUCUCCAACUUGCUCCUCGAUAACUGGCCCCUGGCGCAGAUGCGUCUGCAGCAGUUCCGCGAGAGAAACGACAUCGACGAAGAGCCGACCAUGUCUGAUGGAGUGUUCAGUCGGGAUGUCCUGAAGUUCGGGUCGAAUAUGCAGAUGGGAUGUCCCCAGAAACGUAGGAUCUACGAGCUGAAGAAGAAGGAGCCCACGCUGGAGUUUCCUCUUCCCCAGAACGUGGCAGCGAAACCCGAACAGGAGCUCAAGACUCUGAGCUAUGUGGAGGGUCUCCUUCGCGACCCCGAGGAAUUCCAAGACAUCGAACCGGAUGCCAAAAUGAUGAACUAUCUGGAGGGCAUGGAGCGGGAAGCUAAAGAAUCGGAGAAGACGGAGCCGCAGGCCAAAGAAUUUGAAAAAAAUGGACCACCCUCCAAGAUGUUGAGCUUCGCGGACUUGGACCCGGAGGAGCUCCGAAAGAGGGAGGAGGAGGCCAAGACUCUGAGUAAACUAGAGACCUUAAGUGAGUGGGAAGAAUUCUUCAAGGCCAAAGAAGCGAAGGAGGGGGAAAAAAAGUCCACAAUAUUGAACUUCGCUGAGGGCAUGUUCCGGGACAUGGAGGUACUCCGAAAGAUGGAGCAGGAGGAGGCAGCUAGGAAGGAUUCGGAGAGCAAGAAACCUGAAGCCGAUGAAAUGAAAAAGACGAAACCAAAGAGGCCGAUUCCGCCGUCGCCUAAAGUGCCAGAGAGUGGCGGUCAGGACGAGGACGCCGACGAUGGUGCGAUGGACAAGGAGACCUGUCCCAAGGACGACUACUCGUACAAUAUGUAUGGAAUCUUUGCAAUGGCGGGCUCGAAACUGACGCCCUGCUACGAAAUCAACGACAUCCACGGCUUCAGCACCGAGAUCCGGGAGGCGAUGCGCCACCACAUCAUUGGACCCAAUCGUGCCUAUGGAAUGCAGCGAUACUCCUGGCCGCACAUCGCCGCCGGCAAGUCCCUGAUCGUGGUCGGGCACGAGCUGACCGGGAAGACGCUCUGCUUCCUGCCGCAGGUCUGUAACGUGGCCCUGGCGGAGAUGGACCGCCGGCCGGAGGGCGAUCAGGGCCCCACGGGCAUCAUCAUCUGUCACAGUCAGUCGAGCGGGAGGCAGAUCGCCGCCUGGAUCGACCAAUUGAUGGCCGGAUGUGCGAAGAGGAAGCGGCUGAACUAUGAAAUGCUGGUGACCCUUUGGGAGCGUGGGAAUGUGGCAAGUGCCGCCUACUCUCUGAGUCACACGGUGGGCAUUCUCCUGACCACCGCCGAUAUGAUGCUCCAGCUGAAGGAGUACCAUAGCUCGGCGGCACCCAUCCUACAGGCCAGGACCGUCAAGUGCGUGGCGUUGGAUAACUUUGGGGAGCUGGUCCGCCUCCAGCCGGUGACCACGGUGAAGCUCAUUAAUUGGUUCGCCCUGAACUACAAUUUCAAUGGGAAUCGGAAGAAUCCCUGCCAGCUGUUCGCCACUGGUCGGCUGUGGGACGAGCAAAUGCAUCCGAAUAUCCUGCAUCAUGUGGCCAACACUCUCAUCGUCUUCGAGGACGCACUGGAGGCGACUGUCUUCAAGGAUGUCAACGUGGAGAUGGUGGAGGUGCCGGAGAAUGCCGCCAGCGAUAACUUUCUGGUGGAGAUGCUCACCGACAUUGAUCUUUUGACUUACCGGACGGUGGUGGUGUGCCAGACCCAGUCGGAAGCGGUCCAUCUCCGGCAGGAGAUGGGAAAGGCGAAGAUCAACGCCCUGGCAUGCUAUCAGGAGUCCACGGGCAUGCCGCUGGUGGCCCAAUGGCGGGGCUGCCAGGACUGCAGUGUCCUCAUCGUCACCGACGACAUCCUGCCCAAGGUUAGGAGCGGAGCUGUGGACAUCCUCAUCCACUACAAUGCCGCCACCACCUGGUCCAGGUUCAAGAACCGCUUCAGCCUCUUCUUCGACAGCUAUGUGGCGAAGAGGGAUCCCCCGGGCAAGGCGUUCGUCCUGGUCCGCCGCUCGGAGACCGACUACAUCUGGCUGAUGUGCGACUUCAUGCUGAAGCACCACUAUGUUCGUCCCACUGGGUGGAUUCAAGUCCUCUUCGAGCACCGGCUGAAGAUGGAGAAGGAGAAUGGGUAUCUGGUGGGUGUGCCGCUCUGCCGCCAGGUGACCUGUUUCGGGGACUGUUUCCGGCGCAAGUGUCGCUAUCGUCACACCCGCUGGAUCGGAGAGAAGUCCAUCGUUCCCGACAUAGACAUCGAGGAGGGAGAUGCCAUCCGUUUCCAGGUCCUCACUUGUAAUAGCCCCGCCAACAUGGCCAUCCGGCUGAGCGACAAACACCCUGUCACCGCCCACUUCCUCCGCACUCCGAUGACCAAGCUGAGCAAGGAUCUGCAGCUCUACUACGAGGAGGAGAAGCACCGCGAAAAGCACCUCAAUCCCAAGAGCGGCGACGUCGUUGUCGUCAAGAAUAUGGGUCGUUAUGAGCGUGUUCUGAUCACCAGCAUCGAUGCCAAUGGCAAGAAGAUUGAGGUGCGCCUCAUGGACUCGGGCAUCGAGCAUCUCACCUACAAUCCCAGCCAGCUCUAUGUCUGUAAGCCGGACUUUAAGAGUGAACCGCACGAGGCUAUUGAGCUGCGGAUCAUCGGCUUGGGGCCGCACAGCAUGGAGCGCAUCUGGUCGGAUGACUUGCGCCAGGUGAUCCGGAACAAGUACUUCACCCGGCAGCAGGGCAAGCGCGAGCGUCUCUUCACCGCCAAGGUCCAGUUCGUCCUCAAUGGCACCAUUUUUGUGCCCAACAUCCUAGACGAUGAGGGCAAGGAUCUGUGUACCUUCAUUCGUCGCCGGUUCCAGGUCUACGAGGAUCCCAAAGGACUCCAGAAGCUCCAGAAUCUCAUCGACAACAGCGUCCAGUGCCCUCUUGACACCUAAUUUGCUCUUUUUUUCUCAAUUUUUUUUAUAGUUUUGGGUUACUUUUUUUCAAAACUAUAGUUUUUUUUUUUUAACCACAAUUAAUCAAUUUUUUUUUUAAAUUGUGAUCCCUUAAAUAUUUAUUUUAAAAAGAAACCAUGGCUCUACAUUUUCUUCUCAACUUCUCGUGGUCUUCCCAGAGACCUUAUUUCCUGAUUCUGAUAUUCCUUUUGGUUUUUAGUUUCCUUUUUUUUUUAAAUAUCCCCUUAAAUAAUUAUUUCAAAAAUCAAUGGGUUGUUAAAUUUUUUAAAUUAUAACCAAGGGAUCACAUUUUCUUCUCAACUUCUCGUGGUUCUGUGGUCUCUUUUUAAUUAAUUAUGCUUCUUAAUGACGAUUUUUAAAUACAAUCCUUAAUAAAUUGUGAUUCGAAAAA